CAAUGCUCCGUUUACUUUAAACGUGUCGCGAAACGCGAGCUACAAAAACUGGCAAUGGUUUAUUGUGUAUCGACCAUAUAAUCGAGCCAGUUUUAGUGUUAGCUACUAAUAAUUAAAUAAUACAAUAGUGUUAACGUUAUACGACCGUAACUGUAAAAUUGUUUGCAAACGUUUCUGUUAGAUACAAUAUAAAUUUAGUAUUAUCGUGUCAAAUGAGUGUAACAUGAGUCGAUUGAAUAUGGAGUUAAAUCUAAAAACUGUUUCGAACAGUGUUAAUAGUCGUGAAAAAUAUGCAGCAGAUUUGGAACAAGCUCUUUCGGUGGCGGGUGUCGGCUGGUACAACAUCAAAUACUGCCUAGUGCUGGCGCUGUUCCUAAUAUCGGCUUUAAUCGAGACGAUGGGGUACGCGUACCUGCUGCCUGCAGCGAAAUGCGACCUGAAGAUGUCAGACGCACAGCGCGGAAUCAUCGCCUCGCUACCAUACAUAGCGGUUGUCGUGACAUCGUUCCCUUGGGGUUACCUAGUGGACACGCGAGGCCGCAAGACAAUGAUCAUCUACAGUUCCGUGCUUUGCGGAACCUUCGGAAUACUCUCGGCUUUCAUGCCCGAACUCAUCAGCUUUACCACGUGCAAGUUCCUCGCUUCCAUAUGCAUGGCAUGCCCAGCAGCAGCACCAUACACUUUCAUUGGCGAGAUUCUUCCUCAGAAACAUAGGGACUUGGCUCUCUCCAUCACGAAUGCUAUGCAGACACUUGGAUCCGCUUUAGUACCCUUACUCGCUUGGGGCAUCAUUCCGCUUCCCUUUAGAGCUGAGUUUGGCGUGUACGCAUUUCGAUCGUGGCGACUUCUGGUUAUCGUUUAUUCGUCAUUCUUCAUCAUAUCUGCUUGCCUGAUGUCGUUCGGCCCCGAAAGCCCCAAGUAUUUAGUUUCGCAAGGGAAAUAUGACGAGGCCCUGGCUGUUAUAGAGACUAUGUACGCUGCGAAUAAAGGAAAGCUGAAGGACGAGUUUCCGAUCAAAGUGCUUAAAAUUGUAGAAGACUCCAAGAGAGAAAAGGUCGGUUUCAUCACCUCACUCAAGGUUCAAUCCUUGCCUCUAAUGAGACCACCAUACGCAAAAUGGAUGGCUCUGAAUGGCUUCCUAUUGUUUGGUGUUUUUUCUACGUUAAACGGUCUCUACAUGUGGAUUCCGGAUAUCUUGAACCGAGUGCUCAGUGAGGGUCGUGACGGAGUCACGGCCUGCGAAGUUAUCGCUCAAAGACUUAAUGAGACUCAGGAAGCAGAAAUUUGUAACGACAGCAUAGACCAAGUUACGUUCUUUGUGAAUGCAAUAGCCAGUCUUUCUUGUGCCAUCAUAUCUUUACUGGUCAGUAGCACACUCAAGAUCAUUGGAAAGAAAGUGCUUCUAGUACUAGUGUACUUCAUUCUGGGCUCUUUCUGCAUAUCCAUCAAUUUUAUAAGAACGAGUAUGGUGUUCGCGGUGUUGCUGUCGGCUCUGCAAAUGGUAGCUGUUGCUGUUGGGCCUGUAAAUGCCUAUGCGGUCGAAAUAUUUCCAACGCAUCUGAGGGGUAUGGCGGUGAGCCUAGCAAUAAUGCUGGGGCGAAUUGGGUCAAUACUCGGUACAAACCUCGCGGGGAUACUCAUCAACGCCACAUGCGAAACCACCUUCUACUUUUUCGGUGGAUUGUUAUUGGUUUGCGGCUUCAUGGCAUUCCUGUUACCGAAGGCAGAAAGUAAAAUAUGUUGCUUCUAAAAAAUAUUAUUCAAUGAUAGGUUUAAAUGAUUCUUGAUUGACGACAAACUAACUGAAUCUGGUACAAGCUACAAAAUAGGUAUUAUUUUAAUUUUAAGAUGAGUAAAGACUUAUUCCAAGGACAA